AUGAACUCUCCCGUGAUUGACAGCAAAGUCGGGGUGACAGAAAAGAAGCGCGCUCCAGGCUCCCCGUCUGAGCGCGGAGCUGGGGGCCCAUCCCCCGCGUGUUUCCCGGGCUGCGGAGCGCAGGGGGCUGCCGGGUGCGCUUGGCUGAGGCGCUGCGCGUUGGAGACUUUAUUGCGAUGGGAAGAUAAGAGGGGCGGGGGCGGGGACCCCCUCCCUCCUCGCCACACCCUGGCUGCCCGCUCCUGCCAGGCCUUGCCGGACCCGCUGGCGUCUACUCUUUCCUGUCACCCACAGUCGCCUCGGGCGGGGAUCGGCACCCCAAGCGCAAAGCUGACGUGCCCCCCCGUACGGUCCCCCCCAUCUCCCACCGCCCAGUCCCCGGCAGCGAUGAGACAGAGCGGCGCCUCCCAGCCCCUGCUGAUCAACAUGUACCUGCCAGAUCCCGUCGGAGAUGGUCUUUUUAAGGAAGGGAAGAGCCCGAGCUGGGGGCCACUGAGCCCCGCGGUGCAAAAAGGCAGCGGACAGAUCCAGUUGUGGCAGUUUCUGCUGGAGCUGCUGGCAGACCGUGCAAACGCCGGCUGUAUCGCGUGGGAAGGCGGUCAUGGCGAGUUCAAGCUCACCGACCCCGACGAGGUGGCCCGACGCUGGGGCGAGCGCAAGAGCAAGCCCAACAUGAACUACGACAAGCUAAGCCGCGCACUCCGCUACUACUACGAUAAAAACAUCAUGAGCAAGGUGCACGGAAAGCGCUACGCCUAUCGCUUUGACUUCCAGGGCCUGGCGCAGGCUUGCCAGCCACCGCCCGCGCACGCCCACGCCGCCGCCGCUGCUGCAGCAGCAGCCGCCGCCGCCCAGGACGGCGCACUCUACAAGCUCCCUGCCGGGCUGGCCCCGCUGCCGUUCCCCGGCCUCUCCAAACUCAACCUUAUGGCAGCCUCGGCCGGCGUCGCGCCCGCUGGCUUCUCCUACUGGCCCGGCCCGAACGCCACCGCCGCAGCCACCGCACUCUACCCCACCCCGGGCUUGCAGCCCCCACCCGGGCCAUUCGGCGCGGUGACCGCCGCCUCGCACUUAGGGGGUCAUUAUCACUAG